AAUAGAGGCAUUAUUUGUAUGUGACGCUGGUAACACGCAGUAUACUGUCACAUUCGUAGAAAAGUAUUUUUUGUGGUUGAAACUAUUGUAUUUUGUUAAUAUGUGGUACGAAAUCCUUCCUAGUUUCUUCAUAAUAACAGCUGGUCUUGGCUUACCAGGAUGGGCACUAUAUCACAUUCACAAUUUAACUUUAGGAAACCACCACAAACGCAGUGUUGAUACAUUUUGGCAGCGCAGAAUAUACCAAAGGGACAUGAGGCUCACUGGGAGCCCAUAUGUAGUUAAUGGAUUGGACUCGCUGCCCGAUAAAUAAAUAAAAAAAAUUGCGAAAAAUAUGUGUUAAUUGUUUAUUUAAAUAUUAAAGAUAAUAUAGAAUAGAUUAUGGUGUUUUAUUAGUGACCAUUGCUCUAUUGGUCACCAAUCAAUAGUUUCUUCAGGCUAAUAACUAAUCUUGUAUGGUGGUAAUGAAAAGUGAUCACAGAUUAAGAACUAGUUACUACCAAAGAGUGGUAUAUAAUAUAAGUGGUACAUAAUACGGGUAGUUACUACAUAAAGUAAUUUAUUAGACAUGGUGACUAGGGUGGCCACCUUUAUUUUCAAUUAAAAUACAUUGGUUAUUAUAUAUAAAAAAAAUAUUAAUUGAACAAAUUAUACAUCACAUCAUCAUAUUGCGUAAUUGUUACAUAUUACUAUAGUAUUGUGUUUAGUGUUAUCUGUGCUCCAUGCAUAUGAAAUUUAAAUUCUACAAUUUAAUAUAUAUCUUUAUUAUUUAUCAUAUUUAACAAUUGCUUAUUAUAAUUUCCACUCAAUAUUCACAUCAUUAACAAAUUAGCUAAUUUUAUAGUAGGCUUUAGAAAUGAGAUAGUUAGUUAGUUAUAAAUAUAGUUUUCUAAAUAUGUGUUCGUAAAUUUAUUACCUUCACGUAGUUUUUUAUAGCAGCGAACGACAUGACAACAGUGUUAGCAACCUGAAGUGGGCCGACUAUCGUACCCCGGGGCGUAAAAUUAUCGUACAUGGAACAAAAUUAUCGUACUUUUUAGGAUAAUGUCUAUUACAGAUAAAUAAAUCAUAUAAAUUGUAAUAUUGAUAUGCAUGCAAGUACUCUAUAGUUUAUCUUUUUUAAACCACCGCUGUCAAA